GACGGUGUGGUCCUCCUCGCUUGCUGUAGGGGUCUGUGUUUGUCCUUACAGGCUGUAAAAUGUCAGGACUGUGAGUUAUCUCGGGUUAACGGUAAUAAUGUCUGUUAAAGGCGGAUCGCGGGGGUUCUACUUUAACACGGUGCUCUCGCUGGCCCGCUCCCUCGCUGCUCACCGCCCGGCGCCGCUGGAGAAGGUCCAGAAGCUGCAAUGCAUGUGUCCGGUGGAUUGUCGUGGAGUCUUCCAGCUGGAUGAGAGGAGGAGGGAUGCCGUGAUAGCGCUCGGCAUCUUCUUAGUGGAGUCUGACCUCCAGCACAAGGAUGCUAUAGUCCCGUACCUGCUGGGCUUGCUGAAGGGUCUGCCGAGGGUCCAGUGGAUCGAGGAGAGCUCGGAGAGGAAGGUUCGAGAAAUCCUCCCAGUCGCUGAGAACUUCUGCUUCUGCUUGGUAACGAUGCUCUCUGAUGUCGCUCAGAGGGAUGAGACCUUGCGAAUACAGAUUCUGGAGGCUGUGAUGGACCUCAUGCAGGUUCUGCUGCAUGCGUGCCGAAACCCUGAGGACCAGGAUAAAGAGUACGCGUGUCGGUAUACUGUACCCUGUCUGCUCGGUGUGGUGCGAGCGUCCGGACGCUACAGCAACACCGAGGAGCCACUGCUGUCCAAACUGUUCCCGCGGGCCAUCGCCCAGCCCGUACCAAACACUGACGAGACGGAGGCGGCGCGCCGGCGCUCCUUCAACGACUUCCGCUCCAUCUUACCCAGCUCCCUGCUCACUGUCUGCCAGAGCGACACGCUGCGCCGCAAGACCAGCAGCGUCUCCAGCAUCUCCCAACAGGCGAGUCCGGAGCGUGCCGGGCUGCCCCCCAGCUCUCCCGCUGACCCCUCUGCUCAUUAUUUUGAAGCAGGAUCGUAUUUGCCGGACGGCAGCACCGUGGACCCGGACUACUACUUCUCCACCAUCAGCUCCAGCUUCUCCGUCUCCCCGCUCUUCACCGGCAGCAGCACCAAGGAGUUCGACGUUCCUCUGGAAAUGCUGAGGCAGCUCCUCCAGCUGGUGGAGCAUUUCGUGGAAGAGACGUUUUUAAAACCGUUGGAUCAGAUGUUGGCUGAGGUUCAGGAGAACAAUCCGGUUCUGUACCUCUACUACAAAACCUUCAGUGAUCCUCUGUAUGUGGCCGUCUUCAAAAUGUUACGGGACACCUUGUACUACAUGAAAGACCUGCAGACGGCGUUUGUGAAGGAGGUGCACGACUUCGUGCUGGAGCAGUUCAGCAGCAGCCAGUCGGAGCUGCAGCGAAUCCUGCACGACGUGGAGUACCUGCACAGCGAACUCAGCCCGCUCAAACUGCGCUGCCAGGCCAACGCCGCCUGCGUCGACCUGAUGGUGUGGGCGGUGACCGAGGAACAGGGUGCUGAAAAUCUUUGCACCAAGCUGUCGGAGAAGCUUCAGUCCAAAACCUCCAGUAAAGUCAUCAUCGCUCACAUGCCUCUGCUCAUCUGCUGCCUGCAAGGUCUGGGCCGGCUGUGUGAGAGGUUUCCGGUGGUGGCUCAUUCCGUCACCAUGUCCCUGAGAGAUUUCCUGGUGGUGCCGUCGCCCGUACUGGUCAAACUCUACAAAUACCACAACCAGUACAGCACCGGGACUGGAGAGAUCAAGAUCCACGUCACCAACGAGCAUUCCCAAUCCACCUUCAGCGGCCACACCAUUAAGAGAAGCCAGCCCUCCAUGUAUGAACAGCUCCGGGAUAUCUCCAUCGACAACAUCUGCAGGUGUUUGAAAGCCGGGCUGACGAUGGACGCGGUUAUCGUGGAGGCGUUUCUCGCCAGCCUCUCCAACCGGCUCUACAUCUCCCAGGAAAACGAUAAGGACGCCCAUCUCAUUCCGGAUCACACCAUCCGGGCGCUGGGGCACAUCGCGGUGGCUCUGAGGGACACGCCGCGGGUGAUGGAGCCCAUCCUGCAGAUCCUCCAGCAGAAGUUCUGCCAGCCGCCGUCUCAGCUCGACGUGCUCAUCAUCGACCAGCUGGGCUGCAUGGUCAUCACCGGGAAUCAAUAUAUUUACCAGGAGGUCUGGAACCUGUUUCAGCAGAUCAGUGUGAAGGCCAGCUCCAUGGUGUAUUCCACCAAAGACUACAAAGACCAUGGAUACAGACACUGUUCCCUGGCCGUGAUCAACGCUCUGGCCAACAUUGCGGCGAACCUGCAGGCGGAGCACAUGGUGGACGAGCUGCUGGUGAACCUGCUGGAGCUGUUUGUGCAGCUCGGACUGGAGGGCAAGCGGGCGAGCGAGAGGGCCAGCGAGAAGGGCCCGGCUCUGAAGGCCUCCAGCAGUGCUGGGAACCUGGGAGUUCUGAUUCCUGUGAUAGCUGUGCUGACCAGACGUCUGCCCCCGAUAAAGGAGGCUAAGCCCCGGCUGCAGAAGCUGUUCCGGGAUUUCUGGCUGUACUCGGUGGUGAUGGGCUUCGCGGUGGAGGGCUCAGGUCUGUGGCCGGAGGAGUGGUACGAGGGCGUGUGUGAGAUCGCCACCAAAUCCCCACUGCUGACUUUCCCCAGCGGAGAACCACUGCGCUCAGAACUGCAGUAUAACUCCGCUCUGAAGAACGACACCGUCACUCCGGCUGAGCUGAAUGAUCUGAGGAGCACAAUCAUUAACCUGCUGGAUCCUCCGCCUGAAGUAGCAGCGCUCAUCAAUAAGCUGGACUUCGCCAUGUCCACCUACCUGCUGUCCGUCUACCGGCUGGAGUAUAUGAGAAUGCUGCGCUCUCUGGAUUCAGACCGUUUCCAGGUGAUGUUUCGCUAUUUUGAAGACCGAGCCAUCCAGAAGGACAAAUCAGGGAUGCUGCAGUGUGUGAUCGCGGUUGGUGAUAAGGUUUUCGACGUGUUUCUUCAGAUGAUGGCGGAUAAGCCCAAAACCAAAGCCCACGAGGAAGAGCUGGAGCGGCACGCUCAGUUCUUGCUGGUCAACUUCAACCACAUCCACAAGAGGAUCCGACGCGUCGCUGAUAAAUACCUGUCCGGCCUCGCCGAGACUUUUCCUCACCUGCUGUGGAGUGGGCGUGUGCUGAAGACGAUGCUGGAUAUUUUACAGACUCUCUCCGUCUCCCUCAGCGCUGACAUCCACAAAGAUCAGCCGUAUUACGACAUCCCAGACACUCCGUACCACAUCACUGUUCCUGAUACAUAUGAAGCCAGAGAGAGUAUAGUGAAGGACUUCGCUGCUCGGUGUGGAGAGAUCCUGAAGGAGGCGAUGAAGUGGGCGCCGUCCGUCACCAAAUCUCACCUACAGGAAUACCUGAACAAACACCAGAACUGGGUAUCGGGUCUGUCUCAGCACACCGGCCUCGCCAUGGCCACUGAGAGCAUCCUGCACUUCGCCGGAUACAACCGGCAGAGCACCACACUCGGAAGCACGCAGCUGACGGAGAGGCCGGCGUGUGUGAAGAAAGAUUACUCUAACUUCAUGGCCUCGCUGAACCUGAGGAAUCGCUACGCUGGAGAGGUGGCGGGUAUGAUCCAUUUCUCGGAGGCGACCCGCAGCACGUCGGAUCUGAAUAAGCUGAUGAUCAGACAGAUGAACGAGGCUCUGGAUGGAGGCCAGCCUGAAGCUUUUACUGAAGCCAUGUUCAAACUAGCAGCUCUGCUCAUCAGCUCUAAAGACUGCGACCCACAGCUCCUGCAUCACCUGUGCUGGUCCCCGCUGAAGAUGUUUACGGAGAACGGCAUGGAGACGGCUAUAGCCUGCUGGGAAUGGCUCUUAGCAGCUCGAACCGGCAUGGAGGUUCCGUUUAUGCGUGAGAUGGCGGGGGCGUGGCAGAUGACGGUGGAGCUGAAGAUGGGGCUGUUCUCUGACGCUCAGGUGGAGGCCGAUCCUCUGGCUGCAUCCGAGGAGAGUCAGCCGGUGCCCUGCCCCCCCGACAUCACCCCCCACUACAUCUGGAUCGAGUUCCUGGUCCAGCGGUUCGAGAUAGCGAAGUACUGCAGUGCUGAUCAGGUGGAGAUAUUCGGCAGUCUGCUCCAGAGGUCCCUGUCUCUGAACGUGGGCGGCCUGAAGAGCAGCCUGAACCGCCACGUCGCCGCCAUCGGACCACGCUUCAGGCUGCUGACGCUCGGACUUUCUCUGCUGCACUCGGAUGUGGUCACUAACGCCACCAUCCGCAACGUCCUCCGAGAGAAGAUCUACUCCACUGCCUUCGAUUAUUUCAGCGUGGCGUCCAAGUUCCCCACUCAGGGGGACAAGCACCUGCGCGAGGACAUCUGUGUGAUGAUCAAGUUCUACGCCAGCAUCCUCUCAGACAAGAAGUACCUAGCUGCUUGCCAGCUCGUGCCACCGGGUGAGCCUGGCGCCAAUCCCCCUCAAAGCUCUCUCUCUGCUGGGAUUUUCGGAUCGCUAAUCGUUUCCAGCACGUCUCCGAUAUCGAUCUUAAAUAAUCAGGACCCGUCUCUGAACAGCCUGUCGGUGAUGAACGCCGCGGACCCCCGGAACACCAUGGACAUGGCGGUGGGCACGCGGCAGCAGAGCGCUCAGGGCUGGAUCAACACGUACCCGCUGUCCAGCGGAAUGUCCACCACUUCCAAGAAGUCGGGAAUGUCUAAGAAGAGCAACAGGGGAACUCAGCUCCACAAAUACUACAUGAAGCGCAGAACACUGCUGCUGGCUCUGCUGGCCAGUGAGAUUGAGCGCCUCACCACCUGGUACAACCCGCUCUCCGCCCAGGAGCUGGCCAUCUUCACCGAGCAGUCGGUGGAGACCAGCAUCGCCAACUGGAGAUCCAAAUACAUCAGCUUAAGUGAGAAACAGUGGAAGGACCACGUCAACCUGGCCUGGAGCAUCUCCCCCUACCUCGCCAUGCAGCUAUCCACCCGGUUUAAGAAUACAGAGGCUAUUGUGGCUGAAGUGACCCGGCUAGUCCGACUGGACCCCGGCGCCGUCAGCGACGUCCCGGAGGCGGUGAAGUUUCUGGUGACGUGGCACACCAUAGACGCUGAUUCUCCAGAGCUGAGCCACAUCCUGUGCUGGGCUCCAGCCGACCCCCCCACCGGCCUCUCCUACUUCUCCAGCAUGUAUCCUCCUCACCCCCUCACGGCCCAGUACGGCGUCAAAGUGCUGCGCUCCUUCCCUCCCGAUGCAAUUCUCUUCUACAUUCCUCAAAUUGUGCAAGCUCUCCGGUAUGACAAGAUGGGAUAUGUGCGAGAGUACAUACUGUGGGCCGCCCAGAAAUCCCAGCUCCUCGCCCACCAGUUCAUCUGGAACAUGAAGACCAACAUCUACCUGGACGAGGAGGGACACCAGAAAGACCCGGACAUUGGAGAGCUGCUGGAGCAGAUGAUGGAGGAGAUCAUAAGCUCUCUGUCGGGUCCAGCCAAAGAUUUCUACCAGAGGGAGUUCGACUUCUUCAACAAGAUCACCAACGUCUCCGCCAUUAUUAAACCCGUCCCGAAAGGAGAUGAGAGGAAGCGGGCCUGUCUGAAAGCCCUGUCCGAUAUCAAAGUUCAGCCAGGCUGCUACCUGCCCAGCAAUCCUGAGGCCAUUGUUCUGGAUAUCGACUACAAGUCCGGGACCCCCAUGCAGAGCGCUGCUAAAGCUCCUUAUCUGGCCAAGUUCAAAGUCAAGCGCUGUGGAGUGAGUGAACUGGAGAAAGAAGGUCUGCGCUGCCCGUCGGACUCAGUAGAAGACGGGGAGGAGAACUCAGAAGCUGCUCAGAAGGUCUGCUGGCAGGCGGCCAUCUUUAAAGUGGGAGACGACUGCAGACAGGACAUGCUGGCGCUGCAGAUCAUCGGACUCUUCAAGAACAUUUUCCAGCUGGUGGGUUUGGAUCUGUUCGUGUUUCCCUACAGAGUUGUAGCCACGGCUCCAGGGUGUGGUGUGAUCGAGUGUAUCCCGGACUGUAAGUCUCGUGAUCAGCUGGGCAGACAGACAGAUUUCGGGAUGUACGAUUACUUCAGAAACCAGUACGGAGACGAGUCCACCCUCGCCUUCCAGAAGGCUCGGUAUAAUUUUAUCCGCAGUAUGGCCGCCUACAGCCUCCUCCUCUUCCUCCUUCAGAUCAAAGACCGACACAACGGGAACAUCAUGCUGGACAGCAAGGGUCAUCUCAUCCACAUCGAUUUUGGGUUCAUGUUUGAGAGUUCUCCGGGGGGUAACCUGGGCUGGGAGCCGGACAUUAAGCUGACGGAUGAGAUGGUGAUGAUCAUGGGGGGAAAGAUGGAGGCCACUCCUUUUAAGUGGUUCAUGGAGAUGUGCGUGCGCGGAUACCUCGCCGUAAGGCCGUAUAUGGACGCUGUGGUGUCUCUGGUGACUCUGAUGUUGGACACUGGUCUUCCGUGCUUCAGAGGACAAACGAUAAAACUGCUGAAGCAAAGAUUCAACCCAAACAUGAGUGAAAAGGAGGCGGCGGCUUUCAUGAUUAAAGUUAUUGAGCGAUGCUUCCUGAGCAGCAGGAGCAAGACCUACGACAUGCUGCAGUAUUACCAAAACCAGAUCCCAUACUGAGGAUAGCUCCGCCCCUUAACCUCUCCCCGAGUAUCUGCUGCACCUAUUAGCUGUAGCUCCUCCCCCCAGAGAUUAAUGGCCAUAUCACUCAACGAGCAUCCAUGAAGAGAAGCACUUUAUAGAUUUUAAUAUUUAAUAAUACGAGCCCGUCGCCGCGGAGAUAACUGCGAUUGUCUAGGUGAUCUGUAUCCUUCGGCGGCGUCGCCGUGGUGUCGCCGUGGCGUCACCGUACCGACCUGCUGUAGAAACGCUGCAUGCACAAGGAGUGUUUAUCUCCCUUUAAAGUCAAUCAAACGCUCACCUACUUCCUGUUUCCUCUUCUUACAUCUUACUUCCUGUCGUUUUUUGGGAACAUUCCAUUUUGAACAUGUUGAAUUGUUGAAUUCAGUUUGAACUGUACUAUAAUAUUAAUAUUAAUAAUAAUUCAGGGCUGCUUAGUUUAUUUAGCUUGAUAUAUCCAAUAAGCCAUUUCUGAAUCCUGGCGCAGAGAGUACUGUAUUUAUACAUCACCGUUUCCCCGCAGCAGACCAGCAGAGUUUUAUGCACCGUGUGUCUCCCUGUAUCUGCACAUCGUGUUGUGUUGUAAUGGAACCCUAAAAGGGAAAAUUCAACCAAAAAUUUCUAUUUUUUAAAGGUUAAUCGGUUUUACUGCUGGUGAAAUCUUAAUCCAAUGAAAUCAUUAAAAGAAAUGUUUUGGGGAAUAUUUAAUAUUUGCUGAUCCCAUUCAGCAUUUAAAUAGAUUCUUCUGUUUAAUAGGUGAUGAUCGCCUGACUCUGGUGAUAUUAAAUAUAUUGAAUAAUCCACAGCUUGCUUUUCCCUUUAAACCAGAACAGAACCUUUAUCUGAUUAUAAAUCAGAAUUAUCUGAUGCUUUAAACCUGCAAAACAGCUCAAAAACGUUUACUUCACUUAAAUUUCAGCUCAGAUCAGAUGCUUGAAGAGGAGAAUUGAGACUUGCUUUAUUAUUUUAAAGAUGUUUCAGAGACUUUAUUCACAGAUCUGCUCAUUAGAACUGAAUCAGUAAAUUAGUCUGUCUGUUCAUUCAUUUUUAUUUAAAAUGUUUUAUUCAGAGACUAUCAGAAGAAACUAUUUUAGUAAAUGUACCAUAGUCUAGUGUAGAAGCGUCAUUUCACUCGUGUGUGUGUUUGUGUAUAUACUGUAUUGUCUUAAGUGUGAGAAGAUGAUGAUGAUGAUGAUGAUGAUGAUGAUGAUGAUGAUGAUGAUGAUCAGUUGCUGAGAAUGAUGCUCUUUAUGAGUCGUGGAAUUUUAACGUUAUAAAGUCUUAAUGUGACGAUCAGAACACACAUACUGUAUUUUAUUACGACCCGUUUACACCUGCUCACUUCCUCUGACUGGCAUCUGGAUUGCAUUCUGAUUAGCUUUUAGCCAAAUG